UUUUACACACUAUGUCCGAUCGCGUGUACGUGAGAUCAUAGAGAUCGAGAAAGAGGGCGAGUGUCAGUUUGUCUUUCUCUACUCUUCACGUACACGUGAUCGGGCAGAGUGUACGAAAGUGGAAUGAGGAGUUCUCGGUGCACCCGGUGCCCGAUCUAGUAACACUGGGUGGGAAUAGUGUAUCCGUAUAGAUUAUAGGAAUAUCAAAUGCCGAGGAACGGAAAGAUGGCGGUCGAGCGGUAAUUUCGCGAUGCAUGAGAUAUAGUUUAUAAAUGGGGUGUCUCACGUUCCCAAGGGAUACGUCGAAGCCGUAAUAUUACCGUGCGAUGUGACCACGCUGAUCACGACCAUCCCGUGCAGCAAACCGUGUCAAGAAGAACGGAAGGACAACGAAGCAGAAGGACGGUGAAGAGAGAAGGAGAGCGUAGAAAGAGAACGGGCACCCAGUUUAUACGUAACGAGUGUCGAAGCGGUUCAUUGCUCCGCUGUGACUUGUCGCCAAGAUGGAUUGGGAGUCAAUCACGUUGGCGAACCUUCACCUGACGACUAACGAGAAACUGUACUACGAAACCAUUUUCGGUCUUUUGUACGAAAAUGCUGACACCAAGAGUGUGCCGGUGAUCAAAGUUGUCGAGCUGCUACACUCGUCGAAUAUACCAGGAGCUGUCGUGGCGAAGAUAUUGGAUAUAUGUGUUGGGCUUGAAGCAGCAUUCAGUGGCAGCAUUCACAUUGGACAAAAACAAUUUUAUGUGCUGCUGAAACUGGUAGCAGCACAUCAAUCUGGGCUUAAUAUUCGUAAAGAUAUGAUUACCAAGCCUCUGGAUAUCCGUUUGCCUGAUUUUAUUUGGCCAAAAUCAGAGGACGAGGAUGAUAGGAAGAGUUCUGAUUCGAAUAGGGCUGUAAAAGGUCGACGUCAUGCUUCCGAAAGUACUACGGAAAGUGAAAGUGAAGCGGAAUCUCCGCGGGAAACUGGUGGUAGUACAGAUUCACCAACACCAACAAAUAGUGUGAUACCAGAGAGAAACAAUGAUAUAGGUGGUGAAACGAUAUUAGACUCUGUAUCUGGGGGUUGGCAGGGAUUAUCCGAGGAAUCGAGACAGUUGUUAGGAACGGAAGAAGAAAGUUCGGAACGUCACAGUAGCGACGAAGGCGACGGGGAUGGUGACUAUUCCCUUUCACCAGUAUGGAUAAUGACCGACGCGCAGCGUGACUAUUAUGCCAAUCAAUUCGCGCAGCUACAACUUGAUCCUGAUGGACUUUUGAAAGGUCAUAUUGCUAGAACAUUUUUUAAAAAGUCUGGACUUCCUCUGCACGAACUUAGUCAUAUUUGGCGGCUGGCAGACAUAACCAAGGAUGGGGCAUUGAGUUUAAAAGAAUUCUUUGUAGCCAUGCAUCUUGUUGUGUUACGAAGAAACCAUGUGCCUCUUCCUGACUCGUUACCUCCAGCCUUGUUAAUCCCACUGCUUAGGGAAAAGAGUCAUCCUGUUCCACAAAAAAGUCCACCGAAUUCUGUAGGUACUUGUGAAAAGAAUAAAGAAUGGACGAAAUUUGUGGACUCACCAACUGGGACUAGCAGUUCUCUUACUAUCCCUGGCCUGCAGCUAGUAAACUUCGAUUUUCAAAAAUCGGCCGUCGAAAGAGAUCCUAAAAUUUUACAUCCUGUACCACUACGUUUAACACCUGAAGCAGCUAUACUUGCCUCUGGAGCAAAUGGUAAUAGCAAUAGCUGUACCACGUUAGGGGACGAGGAUCUUCAACAUACCGCAGCUUCGUUGAUGCAACGACCUCUCAUGAAGAAACCACCCGCGUCUGUCGAAGAGGGUAUAAUUGUAACUCCAAAGAAGGAACCGCCGCCUCCACCACCACCCAGACCCUAUAGGACACAUGCAAGAAGUUCUAGUCUUGAUCUUAAUAAAUUAGGGAAGAAUGGUCAAAGUUUCCUCGGACAACCUCCACUGGUUCCACCAAGAAUCUCUCCUGGAAUCACUUCACCUCGUAAAUUGGUUGGACAAAAGAGUGAGGGAGAGGGACAAAAAACCCUAAGUGAAAAUCAAGAUUUUGUUGCUGAUUUUUCUCACUUUUCUCCAAAGACCGAACUACCUGAAAAUCCACAUUUGGAAACCGUUACAUCGCAAUCACAGCAAUUUACCGGUGUCUGUGGUGCAUUUCAUAUUUAUAGAAAACCUAGUCCGAAACGAGAAGGAGGAGAGGAAGACACUCCUAAGGACGAGGUAGAAGAGUCAAAGAAGUUAACUUUACAAGAAUUGCGAGAAAAGAACGCAGAAUUACGAUUAGUUUGCGAAGAAUUAACACGAGAAUUAGCCAGCGCACUCCAGGAACGUAUAAACCUUCGUGCAAAACUCUUACUUUUAACAUGAUGUAAUCUGUUACCAUUUGUAAACGCUCCAAACUGUGAAGUACCGAUUUUUCCUAAAUUCAUCGUAAUCCAUGUAUUUGAUAUAUCACUCUAGUGUAGAAUUUUUCCUUUUUCGAUGAAAUCUUGUAUAUUCAUAAUAAUUAGCGUAACCAAAAGUUAAUAUUACAAAACAGAUAUCAAUAGAAACUAUAUAAAAUCUAUCAGAAGAAUUGACUAUUCGAUCUGUUUCCAUUGAUGUUAGUGGAUGUUUGAAGUAUCAGUUGUAUUUUUAACCCUUUGCGAUCACAAAGCACUCGGAUAAUCGUAAUUAUUUUCGAGUAACUGACGUAAUGCAUUAAUCGAUUAUAUAAUGCGAUUACAGAUUUCAUUCUCAGAAUUAAUCAUGACUAAGGUUAGUAAAAUACUAAAAUUAGUCCUCAGAAGAAGUUACGACUAGUUAAACUGUCGUUUAGAACGAUUAUCGAUUAUCGAUUAUCGAUUGGUGAUCGAAAUAAUUAGUAUUUGAAAUUACUACCUUGAUUAACAUUAAUUUUAUAAUUUGUAAAAAAAUAAAGACGACUAACCAGCGUGAUGAUUAUUGCCAAACCGCUAAGGGUUAAUAUACUAUAAUGGUACGUAUAAAUAAGGUUACAGACAUUUAAAUUGCAUUUCAUUAAAAAAGUAGACGUUUUCACAAUAAUUGAAAAUGUUAAAUCUCGCGGUAAAAUUUCUUAUGGUUACGCUAUGAUUCAUGUAUAAUCCUUUUACGCCAGCAAUUCCAGUAUGCAUUAAUAAGUGCAUGAGUACAAGUACCAUAGUACAUCUGCCCACUUUCUAACAUUCAAAUGUUACAGCAUUUUAACAUUCAAUUCCUUUUGAGAACUUAUAUUUUUUAUGCAUAGUAUUGUGCUAAAUUGCUAAAAUAUAGUUCUUUGUAUAUAUAAGAAUCUUUAAAGUUGAAUGUUUACAUCAAGCAAUAGUGAAAAGAGCUUGAUAAUUAUUGUAAACUGCAAAUUUAUUAUAGAAACAUAUUGUAAAAACGAGUGAUAGAUGUUUAUUGUUUACGACAAACAAAAUGAAACUGUAUUUUCGUAUCGCUGUACAAUCAAAUUUUUCACAGCAUGGCAUAUAGUCGAGAAUCGGUAUUCCUGAAAAAGUGUUACAAUGUAUUUCAUUUCGUGAUAGUAACUGUACAUAGUCAAUAGAAUUUAGAACAAGGAAUGAGAGAAAAUGAAGUCUGCAGGAACAGAACAUUCAGAGAAUAAAUAUACUUUGAAAAAAAAAAAUGUUAAUAUCCUAAAUCAAUUUACGUGUUGCUCUACUUUUGCUUUACUUCACAUAUUAUUUAAUGUACUGCUUUUAAUAUCUUAAAACAAAAAAUAUCACACCAUAUAAUUUGCUAUUUUGCUUACAAGGAUUAUAUGAAUAUUAUAUUAUAUUGACAUACAGACAAGCUCGAUAGAUGAUUAUAACCAGCAAUAAUUUAACAUUGCUAAGAAAAGUUAAAUGACAGGUAAUUCCUUGUGCCAUACAAUACAACAUAAUAAUAUUAAUAGCAUAGCCGCUAUCAAUGGCUAACAAAUAAUACUGUCCUGACGUUAAAACUGUUUAAGAGAUAAAUGUUUCAAUCAACAAUUAUAUGAAAAAAAUCUUUUUCUAAAUGUAUAAACGUUGUGUAAAA